UGGCGGGCGCUGCCGCGCUGGGCCCUGGCGCUGGCGGCGCUGGCGGCGGCGGCGGCGGCGCUGGACAACGGCGUGGCGCGGACGCCGCCGAUGGGCUGGCUGCACUGGGAGCGCUUCCUCUGCGGCACCGACUGCGCCGCCGACCCGCGCCGCUGCGUCAGCGAGCAGCUGUUCGUGGACAUGGCUGACGUGAUGGCUUCGGACGGCUGGAAGGACGCGGGCUACGAGUACAUCUGCAUCGACGACUGCUGGAUGGCUCCGAGGCGGGACGAGCGCGGCCGGCUCCAGGCUGACCCAAAGCGCUUCCCCGGUGGGAUCCGCAAGCUGGCGGACUACGUCCACUCCAAAGGGCUGAAGCUGGGAAUUUACAGCGAUGUCGGGAGCAAGACUUGUGCUGGCUUCCCUGGCAGUUACAAUCACUAUGAGCUGGAUGCCCAAACCUUCGCCUCCUGGGGCGUGGACUUGCUCAAGUUUGACGGCUGCAACUUUGGCACGCUGGAGCUGCUGGCAGAAGGUUAUAGAAACAUGUCUCUGGCCCUGAAUAAGACUGGAAGAAGCAUUGUGUACUCCUGUGAAUGGCCUUUCUAUUUGAGGCCAGUGCAGCAGCCCAAUUACACAGAGAUCAAACAGUACUGCAACCACUGGAGAAACUUUUUUGAUGUCUAUGAUUCUUGGAGCAGCAUCAAGAGUAUCUUGGACUGGACAGCAAUUCACCAGGACAGCAUUGUGAAGAUAGCUGGGCCAGGGGGCUGGAACGAUCCUGACAUGCUAGUGAUUGGAAACUUUGGGCUGAGCUGGGACCAAGCGGUAACUCAGAUGGCAAUGUGGGCUAUCAUGGCAGCUCCCCUCUUCAUGUCCAAUGACCUGCGGGACAUUAGCCCAGAGGCCAAGUGGUUGCUCCAGAACAAAGAGGUGAUUGCCAUCAACCAGGACCCGCUGGGCAAACAGGGAUACCGCAUCACCAAGGACAACAACUUUGAGCUGUGGGAGCGGCCCCUGUCAGGCAGUGCCCAUGCUGUGGCAGUGCUGAACCGGCAGGAAAUCGGGGGACCCCGUAACUUCACCUUCUCCCUCACCUUCCUCGGCAAUGGGCUGGCCUGCAACCCAACAUGCUCCGUCCAGCAGGUCUUGCCAGCCAGCAGAGACUGGGGAUUUCACAACUGGGUCUCCUCCCUGAGUGUAGAGGUGAACCCAACAGGCACCGUACUGCUGAAGGUGGUGGCGCUAUAGGAGGUACAAAGACCAUCUUCCUAUAAGCCUCCAUCUCUCCCUAGACUUCUUGUCACAGGAGGACUGUCUCCUGCCUCCGAGCGAGAUGCCUUUGUUUUUCCCUCAGGCAUUCACCAUUCAAGUGCUUCUGUGUGCACCUUAAAUCUUCUGCCUCAUGCACCAAAGACCCGUCACUCCAUUAUGAAGAGAUAACAGAAACAGUCGCUGCUUCACUUCUUUACCCUUUCUCUAGCAUCUCACCUAACUCCUGUUUCCUAAGGGGCUAAAGGGGCUGCAGCAGGGCAGUAACGCCUUUGUUAAAAGCCAGUGCCAGUAGUAACUGAAGAAAGAAAUGCAAAAUUCUGAUGCAGCAGCCUACAGCUCUUGUUGAGCAUUUUAGGGACAGUUAAGGAAACCCCAGCUGCCUUGUUCUUGUAUUGUCAAGAUGAGCGAUACAAUUUUCACUCAAAAAAAAAAAAAAAAAAAAAAAAAAAAAAAAAGCCCUAAUCCCUCGUGAAGAAACCCAACCCCCUCCUCAGCGCAGUCAUCCCCUUCUACCUUUGGACAACUUGGGGACAGGCCUGUUUCACCUCACUGAGCAACUGCCUGCUUGCCAGCUCAGCUGUCUGCUUAGCACGAAUGCAGCUGAAGCAUCACACCCUAGAACUGCGCUUCAAACACGCCUUCUCCCAGAAGUCUUGCCCUCAGGAAUGGUUGUCACUCCCUUUUCGGUAAGAAUUCCCCUCCCUACCCUGCAUGGGGCAAGGGAGGUCAUCUUCUGUAGUAAACUCCCUUCCAGAAAUACUUUUGUGCCUUCUCAGGCUGGCAGUAACCUUUAGGUUAAGGUUACACAGGUUCUUCUGAUAGCCAUGUUCUGUACCUAAUCACUGAUGCAAACAGCAUGUACAAAGCUGGUCUCUUCUCAGGGUAUCUUGAUUUGUCCUCACUUUCGUGUUUUAAAAACUUGAAUUAAAAUGCCCCUAGAAAGGGCUAAGCUUUCUUAAUCACGCUAUAAGAGUCUAGCCUGGUAUUUGAAAUUAAAUCUGGCUUUAGGAAACAAGGUACUUUAUUUAUCAUAAAGAUGACAGCUUCCACUGGAGGUUAGUUACUUGGGCAGUGCUUGUUUGUAAAACUGCAGGAGCUCCAGAACACCAGUCACAUCAUUAGCCAGCAGGACUGAAUAAGCAAAAAUCCAAUUUUUAUUCCUGCUUUAUAACUUAGAUCUCUCCCUAUGAAAACACGAGGAGGCAUUCUCCAUCCUUUAGCUCUAUUCCCACUGCAUAAAAGCUUCUAUAAGUUC